UAAUAGAAAACAAGUUCGUUCGUUGACCACGAUGGUUGUGGUGAAAAUAGCUUUCAUUUUGAGUGUGGGCCUAGUAGGCAUAUUGGCCCACAACCACCAGUCAAAGGAGCUGGAUGCGAAAUACAAUUGGUGGCAGCACGAGGUCUUCUACCAGAUCUACCCGAGAUCCUUUCAGGACAGCAAUGGCGAUGGUAUUGGUGAUCUGCAAGGUAUUACGUCUAGGUUGCAGUAUUUUAAGGAUACGGGCAUCACGUCCGUAUGGUUGAGUCCCAUUUAUGAGUCACCAAUGGUUGACUUUGGAUACGAUAUAUCUAACUAUACAAACAUACAGCCGGAAUAUGGCACCCUUGAGGACUUUGACGCCCUGAUAGCCAAGGCCAAUGAACUGGGCGUGAAGGUGAUCCUGGACUUUGUUCCCAAUCACAGCUCGAAUAAGCAUCCCUGGUUCAUAAAGUCAGUGGCCCGAGAGCCAGGGUACGAGGAUUUCUAUGUGUGGGAGGAUGGUAUUCUCCUGGAGAACGGAACUCGUGUGCCGCCCAACAAUUGGCUCUCGGUGUUCUCCGGAUCCGCUUGGAUGUGGAACGAGGAGAGGCAGCAGUAUUAUCUCAGGCAGUUCACCUAUGGACAACCCGAUCUGAACUACCGAAAUCCCGCCGUCAUUAAGGCCAUGGACGAUGUGAUGCUCUUUUGGCUAAACAAGGGUAUUGCCGGUUUCCGCAUUGAUGCCAUUAUAUAUAUUUACGAGGAUGCUCAGUUGAGGGAUGAGCCUCCAAGUGGCACUACCGAUGAUCCGAAUAAUGAGGCCUACUUGAGCCACAUCUAUACCAGAAAUCAGCCUGAGGAUUACGGCCUCCUUCAGCAUUGGCGGCAACUUCUGGAUAAUUAUACAGCUAACCACGAGGGACCACUGAGGAUAAUGAUGACCGAGGGUUACGCCUCGGUGUCGCAACUAAUGGAAUACUACGAAGAUUCCAAAGGAGUUCAGGGUCCUCAGUUUCCCUUCAACUUUGACUUCAUCACUGAACUGAAUGCCAAUUCGACAGCUGCGGACUUUGUCUUCUAUAUCUCCAGGUGGCUCAUCUAUAUGCCACAUGGUCAUGUGGCCAACUGGGUAAUGGGAAAUCACGACAAUCCUCGAGUGGCAUCACGAUUUGGUGAGAAAUCUGUGGACGCCAUGAAUAUGCUGCUGAUGACACUGCCAGGAAUUGGUAUUACUUAUAAUGGCGAGGAGUUGGGCAUGACUGACUACAGGGACAUCAGCUGGAGCGAUACGGUGGAUCAGCCCGCUUGUGAGGCUGGAAUCGACAACUACAAGACGAUCUCUAGAGAUCCCGAGCGAACUCCCAUGCAAUGGAAUAGUGAUCUAAAUGCAGGAUUCUCAUCCGCCAACCGCACUUGGUUGCCUGUCAAUCCGAAUUAUAAGGAACUCAAUCUUCGCAAUCAGCAGCAGGCGAGGCGAAGUCAUUACAAGAUCUAUCAGUCCCUUCUGAAGCUCAGACAACUGCCAGUUCUGAAGAACGGAUCCUUUGAUCCAGAAGUGGUUAAUCGCAGGGUCUUUGCUUUCAAGCGAGAACUGAAGAACGAGCACACUCUCCUGACCAUCGUGAACGUGAGCAACCGCACUGAACUGGUGGACAUCGCGGACUUUAUAGAUCAGCCCAAUCGAUUGAGUGUCCUUGUGGCGGGCGUGGACUCGCAACACCGGGUGGGGGAUCGACUUAAGGCCGAGGCUAUUGAAUUGGCGCCCAACGAGGGAUUAGUUAUUCAGCUGAAUAAGCGAAAGUAAGCGACGAACUACUUGGAAUUCCACAUUAAAGUACGAGAAAACUUUCCAUUUGCCAA